AGUUGCCUCUCGUAGUAACACGUCAUAUUCAUGCGUCGUGCGCGCUCACCGUUGUGCUCACGCAGGAUUCAACAGCUGAACUACAAACAUGGCUCGAAAUGCAGAAAAGGCUAUGACGGCGUUGGCCAGGUUUCGUCAAGCCCAGCUUGAGGAAGGAAAGGUUAAGGAAAGAAGACCGUUUCUCGCUUCUGAGUGUAAUGAGUUACCCAAAGCGGAGAAGUGGAGAAGACAGAUCAUCAGUGAGAUUUCAAAGAAGGUAGCUCAGAUUCAAAAUGCUGGUUUAGGUGAAUUUAAGAUCCGUGAUUUGAAUGAUGAAAUCAACAAGCUACUUCGAGAGAAAGGACAUUGGGAAGUCCGAAUCAAGGAACUUGGAGGGCCUGACUAUAGGCGAGUGGGGCCAAAGAUGCUGGACCAUGAGGGUAAAGAGGUACCAGGAAACAGAGGAUACAAGUAUUUUGGUGCUGCAAAAGACUUACCUGGAGUCAGAGAGCUGUUUGAAAAAGAACCUAUACCACCCCCAAGAAAAACACGAGCUGAGCUGAUGAAGGACAUAGACGCGGAGUAUUAUGGCUAUAGAGAUGAGGACGAUGGUGCUUUAGUACCUUUGGAACAGGAAUAUGAGAAACUAGUCAUAGCAGAGGCUGUUGAGAAAUGGAGAGCAGAGAAAGAGGCUCGAUUAGCUGGCGGAGGUGGCGUGAAAGACACUGAGGAGGAGGAGGAGGAAUAUAUUUAUGCUGUCAAAGACGAUGAGCAGUCUGAUGAUGAAACAAGAGAACAGAUGGAGGGAGAAGAUGGUGCACAAACAUUUAUUGCUCAUGUUCCUGUUCCCUCACAGAAGGAGAUUGAAGAAGCCCUGGUCAGACGGAAGAAGAUGGAACUGCUGCAGAAGUACGCCAGUGAGAGUUUGAUGGCUCAAAGUGAAGAGGCCAAAACAUUACUUGGUUUAUAGUGUGCUCAGUAGAGUGAACUAUAUUGAACAGUCAUAGAUCUUAAUGUUUCAGUUGAGAGUCCAGAACUGUGUAUUUUCAGAUCAGUUCACAUAACACACUGAUAAUUGGCAUUGAUGAUUCGAGCAGAUGUGCUUUAUUUGAGUAUUUGAUGUGGUUGUAGAUGCUCAAAUUUGGGAUUUUAUAAACUUCAGUGUUCCGUUAAAGUCAUAAUGUGGAGCUCAAACACAAAAUAGCUGAAAAUAUCUGCAAUGCUUAAUUUGACUUAGUCACUGUGAUGCAUAUUGGCUGCACAGUUAAGGUUAUAUUAUUGUAAUUUAAACAUGUUAAAGUUCACACAGCAGCAAAUGUUAAUGCACAUCUGUGAUAUUACAGGCCAAAAAAAAAAAAAAAAAUUAGAAAAAAAAGUGUUUUUUAUUUUCGGAUAUAAUAACUCUGUCUAAUGCUGAUCAUGUCCAGUUAUGUUGAAUUACAGUAGAAGGAAUAUUCCGGGUUCAAUACAACUUAAGCUCAAUCGACAGCAUUUGUGCCAUAAUGCUGAUUAACACAAACAUUUAUUUUUGACUUGUCCUUUUUCUUUUUUUAAAAAAAGCAAAAAUGUGGGUUACAUUGAUGCUCUUACAAUGGAAAUGAAAGGGGCCAAUCCAUAAACUUUAAAAUAAGAUGAUAAAAAAAAAAAAAAAAAAUGAUUUAAACAACAUUACAACACAAAUAAUAACAUUACAGCUAAAAAAAAUAAGAGCUUUUGAUAAGCUUCACAUUUCUGCCAUUAAACCCUUCAAAAAUUGGCCCCAUUCACUUCCAUUGUAAGUGCCUCACUGAAAUCUCAAUUGUUUUUUUUAUUUAUUUUUUUUUUAGAGAAAACAAGUGACAAGUUUAAAUAACUUUUUGUGGUAAAUCAACAUUUGAAAUCAUUAUGCCACAAAUGCUGUUGAUUAAGCUUAACUAUUGAACCUGAUAUUUUGAACCCGAACUUAAACAUAUAUAUUUUUUUUUUUUUUUUUGGCAAAUGGCAAAAUGGCUUUCGGUGUUUAUUCAUUUGACUUUGUUGUCCAUUGGCCAUAAACAAAUCUCUGUAAAUAUUUUGUAUACUAUGUUUACCUUCCUUUCUUGGACAAGUAAACUGUUUUUUUUACAAGAAUGCCUGCAUAUACUGUAUACUUAAAACACUUGAGUAAAUGUGUUAGAAAAAGUGCAGUAUUAAAUGUUGGUGUUCAAUAUUUUUGAAAUUAAAAUACUUUCUCCUAUCUUA